UCGGUAUUGGAUAUGUCACGUGUUGUGUCUUCUUGGCUCUAGCCCCGGACCCGCGCAGGCCGAUCGCCCCCCACGCUCCGUCCAAACUGCAUCCGGGAAGGCUGAGCAUGCGGCUUCUCAGCUAUGGCUUCUCCCACUCCCAGGCGUCCGCAGCGCGCGCGGCCCCGGGCCCACUCGUGCUCCUGCUCCACCUGGUCCUCACCUGCAGCAUCCGGGGGGCCACGUGGUAUCCGAAGACCCUGCCUUGCAACGUCACGGGGAAUGGCAGCGCUGAACUGAUCGUGGACUGCACCGACAGGCAUCUGGUUCGAGUCCCUGACGGCCUCCCCGCCAACACCACCAACCUGACGCUCAGCGUGAACCACAUCCCCAGCCUCUCCGCCUCCUCCUUCCAGGGGCUGCAGCAGCUGGUGGAGCUGGACUUCCGAUGCAACUGCGUCCCCGUCCGACUGGGGCCCAAAAACAACAUCUGCACCGAGAGGCUGCGGAUCCAACGUCAAACCUUUUCCGGUCUGAGUCAGUUACAAUCCCUUUAUCUGGAUGGAAACCAACUUUUAGAAAUCCCGCCGCAGCUUCCUCGCAGUUUACGCCUCCUGAGCCUCGAGGCCAACAACAUCUUCUCCAUCACGCGGGAGAAUUUCACCGACCUGGUCCACCUCGAACUCCUCUACCUGGGCCAGAACUGUUACUAUCGCAACCCUUGCAACGCUUCCUUUUUCAUAGAAAAAGGCACUUUCCAACAACUGCAAAAUCUCACAGUGCUGUCCUUAAAAGACAACAAUCUCACCGCCGUCCCUGAAGAUUUACCGACGAGUUUAACGGAACUCUAUUUAUACAACAACAUCAUUACAAAAAUCCAAGAAAACGAUUUGAGCCAUUUGAGCAGGCUGCAGAUUCUUGACCUGAGCGGGAACUGUCCUCGUUGUUACAACGUCCCGUUUCCUUGCACGCCGUGUGCAAACAACUCUCACUUGGACAUCGACAAAAAUGCGUUUCAUGCGUUGGGAGAAUUAAAAGUUUUGCGUCUGCACAGCAACUCCCUCCAGUACGUGCCGCCGGAAUGGUUUAAAAACAUGAGUAAGCUGGAACAGCUGGAUCUGUCGCAGAAUUUUCUGGCCAAAGAAAUCGCAAAUGCCCAGUUUUUGCAUUCUCUUCCUAACCUCCUGCAAUUGGAUCUGUCCUUCAAUUACGAACUGCAGGUCUACCACGCGUUUCUGAAUCUGUCAGACGCAUUUUCAUCCCUAAAAAAACUGAAAAUCUUGCGCAUCAAAGGAUAUGUGUUUAAAGAGCUGAGCAUAAGUAACCUCGCCCCGCUACGGAAUCUUAGGAGUCUCGAAGUUCUCGACCUUGGCACGAACUUCAUUAAAAUCGCCGACCUGAACAUCUUUAAGGAAUUUGAAAGAUUAAAAGUCAUAGAUCUGUCCGUGAAUAAAAUAUCGCCAUCCGGUGACACCAGUGAGCUUGGAGCCUGUUCCAACAGCAGAGCUUUUGCAGAAAGUCGUGCCCCUCAGCUCAUGGACACCUUGCAUUAUUUCACCUACGAUGAAUAUGCGAGGAGCUGCAAGUAUAAAACAAGAGAGACCCCUUCCUCCUCGCCUCUCGAGGGAGAGUGCCAUGGUUACGGGCAGACCUUGGACCUGAGCAGAAAUAACAUCUUUUUUAUCCAGCCCUCUGACUUUCGCAAUCUUUCGUUUCUCAAAUGUUUGAACUUAUCCGGAAAUACCAUCGGGCAAACUCUUAAUGGAAGUGAAUUCCAGCCUCUGGUGGAGUUGAAAUAUUUGGAUUUUUCCAACAACCGGCUGGAUUUGCUCUACUCCACGGCGUUCGAGGAGCUCUCCAAACUGGAGGUUCUGGAUCUCAGUAAAAAUAGCCAUUAUUUUGAGUCAGAAGGAAUCACUCACAUGCUCAACUUCACCAAGAACCUCAAGCAUCUCACGAAACUGAUUAUGAAUGAUAAUGACAUCUCGACCUCCACCAGCAGGACCAUGGAGAGCGAAUCUCUGAAAACUCUAGAAUUCCGAGGAAACCGCUUGGAUGUUCUGUGGCGAGACGGUGAUAACCGCUACUUAGAAUUCUUCAAGAAUCUGUCGAACUUGACGGAACUGGACAUUUCUAGAAAUUCGCUGAGUUUCCUGCCUCCGGGUGUUUUUGAUGCAAUGCCGUUCACACUCACGACUCUGUCCCUGACGAGAAACGGACUCAAAUCUUUCAACUGGGGCAAACUGCAGUCGCUGAAAAACCUGGAAGUUUUGGAUCUCAGUCACAACCAACUGACGACGGUCCCUGAGAGAUUGUUCAACUGCUCCAAAAGCCUCAAGAAACUGUUUCUGCAGCACAAUCAGAUCAGGCGCCUGACCAAAUAUUUCCUGCAAGAUGUUUCCGAGCUGCGACACCUGGACCUCAGCUUCAACAGAAUCCAAAUGAUCGAGAAGAGUAGCUUCCCGGAAAACGUGCUCGAUCAUUUGGAAUUACUGCUUUUGCACCGGAACCGGUUUUUGUGCACCUGCGACGCCGUGUGGUUGGUGUGGUGGGUGAAUCACACGAAGGUGACCAUCCCUUACCUGGCCACGGAAGUGACGUGCGCGGGGCCGGGGGCACACAAGGGCCAGAGCGUGGUGUCUCUGGAUUUGUACACGUGCGAGUUAGACUUAACCAACCUGGUGCUGUUUUCCUUCUCUUUGUCUCUGGUGCUCUUUCUCAUGGUCGUCAUGACAGCCAGUCACCGCUACUUCUGGGACGUGUGGUACAGUUACCAUCUGUGCAAGGCCAAGCUCCAGGGGUACCAGCGUGUGACCCUGGGCUCCUGUUACGACGCCUUUGUGGUGUACGACACCCGCGACCCGGCGGUAACCGAGUGGGUCCUGGACGAGCUCGUGGCCAGACUCGAACACCCAAAAGACAAACGUUUUAACUUGUGUCUGGAGGAACGAGACUGGUUACCAGGGCAACCGGUGCUGGAAAACCUCUCCCAGAGCAUCCAGCUGAGCAAAAAGACAAUUUUUGUCAUGACGGACAAGUAUGCAAAGACGGAGAAUUUUAAAAUCGCGUUUUAUUUGUCGCAUCAGAGGCUCAUGGAUGAAAAAGUCGACGUGAUCAUCUUGGUAUUCCUCGAAAAACCCUUGCUCAAGUCCAAGUUCCUGCAGCUCCGCAAGAGGCUGUGCGCCAGUUCGGUCCUCGAGUGGCCCACAAACCCGCAGGCCCACGCCUACUUCUGGCAGUGUCUGAAAAACGCGCUGGGCACGGACAACCACGGGACCUACAGUCGGGUGUUCGAGGACACCGUCUGACCCAAAUAUUUCACCCAGAGUUUGGAAAUGGAGUUGGGAUUGCCCACUUGGAACUUUCAAUAUUUCACUUGCGUUAUUUUUCUCUCAGCUUUUGCAUAAAAUACUGUUGGGAGAGAGGUUGCAAGUAGAUGAUGCAAGGCUCUGAUUCUUUUGUAAUUAUGAUUAUUAAGUAGAGUUAGACUUCUAUCCUGAGAAGCACUGUAUGUUAUUAUUAACUAGAAUUAGACUUCUAUGUUGAGAAACACUGCAUGUUAAAAAUAUAGAAAACUGGGCCAGGCGCCGUGGCGCAGUGGUUAAGGUCCUCGUCUUCCACGCCCGGGAUC